AUGUGUUCUUUUCUUUCUCUUUCGUACUCUCGCGAUAAUUUACAUGAGCGGGUUUCCUGGUGGUGUAACCUGAAGAGCAGAAGAGGACCGGGAUAAAAACUUACAUACAGGAUGUCUUCAAAUGGAGAUGGUUAUGUGGUCCGAAUCAGAGGACUUCCCUGGAACUGCACACCGGAUGAGGUGGCCAGUUUCUUCUCUGACUGUGACAUCGUGGGAAAAGAAGAUGGGGUGUGUUUGACUUACUCUAAAGAUGGCCGAUCCACUGGUGAGGCAUUUAUGGAACUGUCUACAUCAGAAGAUUACAAGACAGCUCUUUCCAAGGACCGUAAAUACAUGGGGCACAGAUACAUAGAAGUGUUCAAGUCAAAGCGCAGUGAAAUGGACUGGGUGAUGAAACGUAGCGGUCCUCCACCUGACGACAACUCUGGCUGUGUGGUGAAAUUAAGAGGACUUCCCUUUGGCUGCAGCAAGGAGGAGAUUGUUCAGUUCUUUUCAGGGUUGAGAAUCGUGCCAAAUGGGAUAACUCUGCCAGUGGACUACCAGGGGAGGAGCACAGGGGAAGCCUUCGUGCAGUUUGCUUCAAAGGAGAUAGCAGAAAAGGCUCUGGGGAAACACAAGGAAAGAAUAGGGCACAGGUACAUAGAAAUCUUUAAGAGCAGUCGGUGGGAGAUCAAAUUUCACCAUGAGGUUCCCCGGCGGGGAGCGGGUUCCCAGAGACCAGGGCCCUAUGACAGACCUGUCAUGUCGGGCUCAAAGGGAAGCCUUUAUGGGGCCAGCCGCAGUGGGGCCCUGAUGGACAGCAUGAGAAGUGGAGGUGGUUAUGGAGGAGGUUACAGUGGUUAUGACAACUACAAUGGUUUCAGCAGCUACUGCUACAACGACGACAUGUUUGAUGAUCGAAUGAGAGGAGAGAGAGGAGGAAGAGGAGUUGGAGGCCACGGUUAUGGUGGACAAUCUGACGGUGGCUCGGGUUUUCACAACGGCCAUUUUGUGCAUAUGAGGGGUUUACCAUUCCGGGCCUCAGAAGGAGACAUUGCAAAGUUCUUUGCGCCCUUGGAUCCGCUGAAAAUCCACAUUGACGUGUCACCAAACGGGAGGUCAACUGGAGAGGCAGAUGUGGAGUUUUGCUCUCAUGAAGAUGCUGUGGCAGCCAUGUCCAAAGACAAAAAUCACAUGCAGCAUCGCUAUAUUGAGUUGUUUCUAAACUCAACAUCUAGUGGAGCAUCUGAAAUGGGCCGUGGCGGUUACUUCAGUAACUCAGGAGGGUCACGAAGCGGUGGCCUACGAGGUGGAUACUGAUGAUGUCACCACAUACUUCUGAUUCAUCCUGUUUGUUUGUGUCUCUUAAAGCCACAUUUACUCAGUUUCUAGGUAAGAAAGGUAGUCGGUUGUAGUCGUUACUACAUGACAGCAGAGUUUCUUUAGACAUCCACUUCCAAACCUAUCGGCAUACGAAGAACACAACAGCGUCUCACUGUUGACACCUGGGAGCUGAAGAACCUGCUUAGUAUGUUGGAUUCUUCUUGUCUUUUAUAUCUGGAAUUUCUGUUUCAGUUAAAGAUGCAAAUGUAAAAUGAUGUAUUAGCAGUGUGUAAUGGAAAAGGUACAUGUCCUUUGGUAAUAAGAUAAGAAAUGUACAUUUUCAGUUUAAGUACUAUAUACCAGUUAGUUUCAUAUCAUUUUAGUACAUAAGACAAAACACAACUUCAUCCAAAGAGAAAUAGCUGUGGCGUUUGAUUGAGGUAACAUAAUACUUACCCGGGGAGGGAGUGUCGGGUCUGAACGAAGUCACGCAGAUAUUACUAAUGGGGACGAUGUGUUUAAAAUACCAGAAUCUUUUUUUUGUUGUUUUUUAGGCUGGCUUUGUUUUGAUUUAAACUUUUUUUGUAAGACCAUCCAGCCAGUGAAAGAAAAAACCCACAAAUUUAUAUCCGGUUUCAGAUCAGCUUUUUUGGUUUGAAAUGUUUCAUAAAUGAUAGAUGGUGUGCUUUUUAUAAAUGUUUUCACAGUUCUGUACAGAACCUAAAACUUCAGUUGAAUAAGAUGCUCCAGUCUUCAUGCGAGAUCUCUAUAUUUGAGCUGUGACGUAGCCGAUUAAGCUGUUGUACAUUUGCUUAAUAAAUUUUAUAUUUAAUUGUC